UCGAGGCGUGCAGGUGUUGUGACUUUUGACGUUUCGUUUUGAUCGCGUAAAAGACGGACGUGCGGGAAUUCGUGCGGGCGAGUCUUGAACGUAGCUCCUCACGCCGAGCGUCAUGGCCGGUAUAGUGCCGCUGUCCAGUAGGUCCGGUAGAAAACAGUGGACGCUACACGAUGGGCCCAGGAGUUCCCUCAGACGGUUACGUUCUCAGCUGGCAGAGGAUGGCUGUCCAGAAUCCCAAGUGGUUUUGGCCAAGCAAUUGUUGGAGGAACGAUGUGAGCAUGAUAUUGAUAAGGAGGAGAAUGCUAAACUAGGUGUUUAUUGGCUGACGAAAGCCUCGGAGCAAGGAAAUCUAGAAGCCACCGAUAUUCUCAGGAAAUGUUUGGCUACAGGUCGUGGCAUUACAGAACACAACUAUUAUGAUGUGAAGAAUUGUUUGGAUAUGACGCAAGAUGAGAAACUGGCUAGAAGGGCAGCCAGAGAGAUGUUUACAAGUUUGUCAAAUGGUGAGGACUUCAUCACGACGGAGCAAUUGCAGAGACGCAUGAGGAGUUUAGCGUCUCCAUCGAUCAACAGCGCUGAUUGCUCCCACUCAAAUAACGUCUCCACGAACUCGUCGCAAAAGGGACUGGACGAUGAUAACGAUUGCUUCCCCAGAAACGGGCUUCCCGAAGAUUCCUCACCUACGAGAGACGAAGAUCGGGUGAACGAUAUUCAUGGUUGGACGGAUCAUCAGGGCGAGAAAAUCACAGAGGCUGCUCUGGUGUCCGCAGCGGCGAGCUAUGCGCGCGGAAUGCUUCCAGUGGUGUCGCGCGUUCUGUGCAUGGUUGAUCCUUCCGAGCUUGACACGAUACCGCUGCUGCAGAGACCGUUCAUACAUCCGCUCGCGUCGCUGAAGCGCUUCUACAGCUGGCUGAUCGAGACGUUGGGUCGAAGAGGGACGUCCGUCAGAAAGUUGCUCUUCACAUCGAAUCUACACAUUCUCCUGUUGCUCCUGUUGUACUCAUUAUUCGGCACGGAGAGCCUGAUCCUUUUUAUACCGAUGGCUCUCUACUAUCUCUCGUUCGUGAUCAUGGUAGUGGCCACUUUCCAAAUGCUCCAGCGGAAACGCGAGUUCAACGACUUCCGCGUGUGGUCGGGCCUCUUCCUGAGUUACUCGGGCGGCAAUCUGAAUCCCGAAGAGGCCGAGUACCAAUUCUGCCGCAACAAUCUGAAGCCGUACGGCCACUUUUUCCUCGCAUUGCUAUUGAACCUGAUGAUCUACCCUCUGAUAGCACACCAGUGGACCCCGCAGUCCGAGUUCACGAUAAUCGCGGUCACGUUCACCCUCAUCACCCUCUUCAACUUCAUGUGGAAGAACUCGUCGAGGUUCCCCGACUUCUUGGCUCUCUUCAGCUUCGGCGUGCACGUGCUCGCCAAGUAUCCCUACGAGAUGGACGUGGUAGUGGCGCAGGGCUGGCGAUUCUUGGACAUCAGAGUGCCGACGUUCGCUUCCUACGUCGUCGGCAACGGCAUCGAGUUCUGCCUGAACUUCCGCGCCGUGUUUUAUCUCCUGAUACCGGCGGUCUUCGCGAAGAUGGCCGCGAGGGACAGCUGGCGUGGCACGUAUCGCACUCUGAUACCGCACUGCGUCACCUUAAGCUGGUGGCAGAUAGCGAUCUUCAGUUCUCAGGGCGCAACGUGGUACGGUCUGAUCCGGGGCGCUCUGGCGUUGGUUGGCAUGGUACUGUUCCUUCCAAUCGCCGGCAUUGCUUCGGUCAUCCUGCCGAUCGUAGCCGCUGCCAAGUAUCUGUCGGAGAAUGACUUGGCUAUGAGGAUAGUCGUCACCACCGUACUCGGGGGAAUGCCGUUUCUGACUUCGUGGUACCUCAGGAGGACCAGGACGCUGAGAUUUAAUUGGAUCAUCACGCUCAUUCAGAUUACUCUCGGCGUUGGCGCUGCGGCAUUCUUAUCGUGGCCGAUGAUAAUGGAAUAUAAGCAGGAAGCCGAGGUGGUACCGUACGAGAUUGCUCCCACCUUGACGUGGGAUCAAUAUCAGAAUUACUGUCAUCAGCCCGCGUGGGAAGAGCUGUCGUCGAAGGCUCAGGUGCAGGUGCAGUGCGCACAAUUGGAAGGCAUACCAGUCUCGUGGGAGGGUUACGUGACGAAUAUCAGGCUGAAGUCGAUCAAGAACAACAUCGCGCUCGUACUGAAUCCGCUGCCCGACAAUAUCCGCGCGAUACUCAGUUGCAUGUACGGGGAGGCUUACCAAGAGAACUGUAAUUCGGGCGACGAGAUACGUAGGAAGCAUUGCAGACACUUCACGGGCAUCCAAAGGAGGAGGGCCAAGUGCCACUUCACGGCCUGGGAUCAGUACGAAUUCGAGAUAUCCGUCAAGAUGAAAAACGGCAUGUGGGGAAGCACCACGGAAAUAUUUCUCGUCGCGGACCAUUCCUUCGCUAAUUUCAGCCUGAACAUAUAUCCGGGUGACAAGAUCUGGUUUUCCGGCACGCUUCUGAACAACGGUUUAGAGAGAGAGUCUCUUCUCGGUGGCUCCGAGCCGCACAUCGAUCUGGAGGAGAUUGGAUGCCUCGCGUGCAACUCCCUUGACUUGAAAUCCUGCAAGCGUUACAAGUAUCGCAUAACUUUAAGCUCUAUCAUCGGGGAUCUUUGUCUCAGCAUAAAGACUGUACUGAACUUUUUGUUGAAUCCGAUCGUGAUGUUCAAGUGAUCGUGUUCCACAUGACUGAAAUCCCUUAGAUCUCUCUAACUUCUUAGACUUAACUGUACGACGAAAACGAUUUCGAUAUUACAUUAUUACUUCGAUUGAUUCAACAUUACAUGGACAUAAUUUGAUUGAAGAUAAGAGUAUUCUGCUCGUGAGACGAUUUAGAUUAAAUUAUAAACCGGGAAAAGGGGAAAUUGCGAAAGAUUCGUGUGAAUAAUGUACCAAGGAAAUUUAAUUUUAGAACACGACGAAUCGAUGAAUUAUGAGCUGCAACAUAUUUAUCUCAAAAGACAUUUCAACAUUGAAACGCAUACAAAUCUAUUGUUAGUAUUAUUAUAUGAUCUAUUGAUAGAUUUACAUGCGUUUAAGCGACAAUGUAACGUGACGUGAUCGUUUUAUUGUAAUGGAUUAUCGUUUUACAUAUUACGAUGCCAUAAACAUGCUGCGCAAUAAUGCGUGUAGUAUAAUUCAAACUGAAUGAAAUGACUAUUACGUCAGUUACGUGAAGUACGCAGAGCGGCAUUUCCUCGGUGUUCUGAUAUGCGUGUCAGAAAUCGAAAAAAUAUGAAAGUAGAAAAUAGUGCAAGUGUUUCGAUGUUACCGACGCCUCAGGCAGUACAUUAUAUGUAUUAGGCUCUCAUAAACAAGUCGGAAUCCGCUUCUCAGAGUAUCGCAUAUAUUUUAAGAUUGAUAUACUCUUUUGACGCUAAAUAUGAGCAUCAUUAUGAAAAGGCACCUUUAAGCACAAGUAACUAGGACUUCAACUGUUUGAAAUCUAGUUACUUCCACUUCACGGUAUCGAUCGUGUGUAACUUCUCUCCUAGGACGGAAACGAAAAGUGAAACAUUUUCAAAUUAGAAAAUUUAUACUUUUUACGAGUUCACACCACAGGAGAAUAUUUAUGACCAUCUAAGUGUUGAUCAUGAAUCUUCGCCUGAAUUCACGAAAAGUGUAAAUUUUCCAACUUGAAAACACUUCGUUUUUCAUGCUUCCUAGGGGAAAAAUUACGUAGUCGAUACCCAAACCAAAUCCCGUUGUGUAAAAAUAAUUCCUAAUCCUUAUUCCUUCUACUUAAUAUUUAUUCUUAUUCUUAAUAUAUGUUCUAUUGUGCGCAGAGUCUAAAGCUAAUAUAUAUUUUAUAUAUACAUACAUA